AUACUAAUGAAUAUAGUCGAUAAGACGUUGCUAAAAUUAUUAUAAUACAUAAAAACUUUAGUUUCAAACGUAAGCUGUUUCAGUUGUGUGUCGUGUAGAGAAUCAAGCUGUGGACAUGCAGCUGAAGUGCUUACCAUACGUAUUAAUAUUUAUAAUUCUUCUGGGAACUUGUGUCCAGCCAGAGUUUAUAAAUAACAAACAAUGGAAAGAAGUUUUAUCGUAUUUAAACACCAUAUAUUUUCAAAAUAGAAGGCCUUCGUUGUUCGCGACUGACAACAAUACAUUGUGCUCAAACCAUUUUCAAACCUACCUGGACCAUAUUAAUAGUAGCUACUGGGCUAUGCAGAUGUUUGACUCGUCGACAAAGUUCCCAGAAGGUGUGUUGACGGGGCAGACGGUAUUUUUCGGGAAUUUCGACGAGUGCAUCGAAGUGGUAAAUGUGCAGACAGAGCAUGGUCCUUUCAACGGCCAGUACUGUUUCGUCAGGUUUCAGGGACGAACAGCUUCACUUCGGACACAGAAACCACCAGAUAUUGGAGGUUUUAGAAGAAAUUUUCGUGAUGUGACAGGCAGCGACAGAACGAUCGUGUUUACUGCCCCUGAUACGGUUCUGUCUUUAUCGUACUGUAUUCCAUCCUCAUGCAGUGCCAAGGAGUUGGAAGACAUAUUUAAUUCUUACCUGAAAAGUGCGAAUCUCCCUGUAGAGGCAACAGUUGAUGAGAUUUAUUGCCAAACUAAUGAGGGCAAAAAACUGGGUGCUGAAGACUGGGUGACCGUAACUAUUUUCGCUUUCAUCAUUCUCCUGGUCGUCACAAGUACUGUGUAUGACCUUACUGUGAAAGGUCAACUGAUAAUCGUAACUUCUUUACUUGAUAAAAGAAUAUCUAAUCCUAUUCGAAAAACUACAAAUGCAUCCUCCACCCCAAAGCUCUCGAAAACAACUCUAUUUGUGGAAUUUGUACAGGACGCAGGUCGCCUCUACGUCACUAACGGAAGUCUUUCAGCGGAUACAUUUCUCGUCAUGAGCGGAUUGUUGGUAUCUUACGUGUUUUUGAAACAAAUGAAGCAUAAAUCUUCUCGCUUCAACAUUCCAAAGUAUUAUCUUCACAGAUACAUCAGGUUAACUCCACCUUACGUAAUCGUCAUUCUGUUCAACGCAACGUUAUACAGAUACGUGGCUAAGGGGCCUCUACUGUUAGCACUUAUGGAUGAAAUGGCUGAAAACUGCCAGAAAUAUUGGUGGACGAAUAUUUUGUACAUCAACAACUAUGUCGAAGUCGAAAGAAGGUGCGUGCAACAGAGCUGGUACCUAAGCGUGGACAUGCAACUAUUCUUCCUGUCACCAAUGAUUCUGUAUCCUCUGUGGAAGUGGCCUCGGAGAUGGAGUAUGUCGUUGAUUGGGGCUCUCAUGGUCGCUGGAAUUAUUUCUCCUUUCACAGUCACAUACGUCACCGAGUUUUCUGCUAAUUUAAUUUUUGGAAACGAGGACAACGUAAUGGGAGAACAUGAGGUGUAUAUUGGAACGCAUUCGCGUUUUGGACCUUGGGUCAUUGGAGUAGCAUUUGGAUACUUAAUAUACGAAGCUCUAAGAAAAAAGCUACAAUUAUCAAGGAUUCAGAUAGCUGCGAUGUGGAUUUUCAGCAAUGUUGCGAUGCUGGGAUCCCUUAACGGAGUUCACUCUUUCUACCAACCCGACGCAGAUAAAACUGUCUUGGACUCUGCGUUCUACAACGGUCUGUUCCGAAACGUCUGGGCUUUCGGUGUUGGCGUGACCAUCUUCAUGUGUGUAACCGGUUACGGAGGUGCCGUGAACAAGCUCCUGUCCUGGAAGAUAUUUCCCACUCUGAGUCGUCUGUCAUACUGCGUUUACCUGACUCACGGCAGCUAUCAGAUCGUGCAGACGUUUACGGCGAGAACUGCCAUCUACUUCGCAGAUAUUACUGAGUGGCCAGCUUUCUUUGGAGACGUAAUAAUAUCGCUGAUAAUGGCCGUUGUACUCUCUUUAUGCAUUGAAUCACCAGCGAUAAACCUUGAAAAGUUUCUUUUCAGAACAGAUAGAAAAAACAGAGAGAAUAAGACAGAAGAAGACCCCGCAGAACCACGAAAAAGCAAUGAAGACGCACACAUAAACAAAUCCAUGGAACAGUCGAAAGCUUCAGAAGACGGAAACAGUAAUUUUACCGAAAUCAAACUAGACGAAACAGAUGAAGAUUCUGUGGUACAAUACCUAAAUAGGGAAGAUGUCGAGUGUCAAAUGUAACAUACCGAUCUCUGAAGAGAUACUUCACAUCUUGGCUUGGUCUCACUCAAGGACACUUCUAAUUGGAUUUCUCGAAGGAAUGACCCUGUUCUAUACGCUGGCACAAGACGGCAUAUUUACACAAUUUUCGUGGUGGGAACAACGAAACCAACUAAGGAAGAAUUAUUUUUAAUUUUUA